AUGAAUGGUCGAAGCAAUGUACGAUGGAGUAAAUGGUUCAUUAUUGGUGGAGCAUGUAUUGCUGGCGGAGCUGCAGUUUGGUGGUACAUUCGAAAGCAUUCUGAAACUACAGUAAAGAACUCUGGAUUAAAUGCAUCUAUUUCAUCAUGCUCAGUACUUCCUCUAGGAGUGCAAAGCUCUCAGAAAAUGAAAGAUCGUGGCAAUGAACAUUUUAAAAAUUGUUCAUACAACAAAGCUGUUGAAGUUUUCUCAGAAGCUAUUGAUCUUUGUCCACCAGAAUACAAAAGUCAUCUUGCUGUGUGUUUUCAAAAUAGAGCAGCUGCGUAUGAUAGACUGGGAGAUUCAGAGCGUUCAGUCUUGGAUUGCACGAAAGCACUAGAAUUAGACCCACUUUAUUUCAAAGCUGUGGUACGGCGAGCACGAGCAUACUUAUGUCUUAACAAAUCGAAAGAAGCAUUGGAUGAUUUUACGUUUGCAUCCCUCGUAAAUCCGGAAGCCUCAAUUUCAUUGAAAGCGGAUGUCGAUAAAGCUAUUGCUCUAUCUACUUCCAGUAUAAUUGAAAGACUGAAAGCUACACGUGAGGCCAUACCAAUUAGAGACGAGUCUAUUCUAGUCUGGCGCGGCUCAUUUGUCAAUGACCCAAUAUUGAAAGAUUUAGAUUCUAAUUUCUGUCUUGAAAGUCCCUAUGAUCACGCAUUGGAAGCAAUUCGUAAUGGGCAUUAUGAAGAAGUUAUACCACUUGUUAAGGAAGAUCUGCUAAUUCAUCAGUCAGCUUCGAAUUCCAAUAGUGUGACUUGCAUUUUACGUGAUUAUAUACUUCAAGCUCGUUUUGCUUCGAUGAAAGAAAACGUCGCGCUAUUGAAAGAAUGUUUGGUUGCUUUCAAUGAUAAAUGGGAUGCACUGAACAAAGAAAUGCGAUGUAACGAAAUCAACAAACGAUUUCGAUCGAUGUUUUACAUAUUUACUGCAGCUUUGAAAAUGUUUCAACGCAGCAACGAUGUCAGAAAUGAAUUAGACCUUGCUAUCGAAACUGAUCCAAAAAAUGUUGAUAUUUAUUUAUCGGCUGCGUUGUUACUGUCAGAAAAUCAACUUCAAGAUGCAAUUGAAUAUUUGGAUCAGCUUUAUGAAAUUGACCCUGCGCAUCAUUUAGUCAGACACUUGAGGGCUUAUUGCGAAAUGGCUUUGAAAGCAUCGAUUGGUGAUGUCGGUGGGGCUAUGGCAUGUAUGGCUAAGGUUGAUCAGCUUUUGCAGUUGAAUCAGAACACUGAUCCUGUCCUUUACCUCAUCACUGGAAGACUUUAUUAUGCAGCUCAAAAUAAGGAUUUGGCUAAAGCAUCAUUCAAGAAAGCUGCUGAAGGAAUACGUGAUCAUCCGGCGCCGCUGUUUUAUCUUGCAAUGGUUGAAGCGGAAGAAAUGGAAGGUUCUCCUGAUCAGAUGAAAGUUUUGGAAUCUAAGAUGAAGAUGAUUUUGGAGAAAGAAAAAGCCAAUCCUGAUGCUUUAGCUAUUUUGGCAAAAAUUGCUUUCAAAAGGCAAGAAUUUGGUGAAGCAUUGCGUUUAUAUGAGCAGUGCAUUGAAAUAUGUCCUUUUCAUGCUAACGAAGCGUCUCUUUUACUAGCUGUCACUGAUUAUGUACAAAUACGUUCUUUGCAAAACGCUGUGGAGACAUUACAAUGUGUUACGGCACCAAUAGCUGGUGCAAUAAGUGGUUAG